AUGUCUCGCUACGCCUCCUCCUCCUCCUCCAACCCCACUCGAACCAACCAUUCUCUCUUCGUGGACGUGGACGAACUCCCUUCGCCGACCCCGUCGUCGCCGGUUCAUCUCGCUGCACAGCGACCACAUCCUGCCAUUGACGUGGAGGAACUCCCUUCGCCGACCCCGUCGCCGGUCCGUCUCGCUGCACACCGACCACGUCCUUUCAUUGACCUGGAGGAGCUCCCUUCGCCGACCUCUCCGCCGCCGAACCCCACCUCCACGCAGCACAUGGAGACGUCUCAGCUGGCAGCCUCCUCGUCCAAACCCAAGGUCACCAGGCCCCUCACCAUGGAGGCCAUGAUCCAGGACAUCUCUUCACGCCGCGACGCGCUCGUCCGAGCCCUCACAACCGAUCAGGAAGAGUUCUUUCGUUUAUGUGACCCGGCCGACGGUCGGAAACCCUUGCUCUUGUAUGGCCACGCCGACGGGAACUGGGAGGUGACAGGGCCGGAGGAGGAUGCGCCGCCAGACGUGCCAGAACCAGCCGCGGGCCUCAACUUUGUGCGGGAUGACAUGACCCGUUUUGACUGGCUCUCUCGCGUCGCCGUUCGAGCCGACGCCUGGCUCGCCGGCCUCACCCAAUACUUCGGCGCCACUCUCAACGCCAACCAAAAGAUGCAUUUAUUUGAUAUGCUGAUCGAUUUGCCAACUGUCUACGAAACAUUUGAGAAAUGCUACAAAGAUGAUUCUGUUUUGCUCCCAACAAAUAUGCCACCAUCUUCUGACUUGGGGCAAAAUGUUUCCAAUCCAAACAAGGACUCCACCAUACCUGCUGAAGAGAACGUACCACUAGGUCCUGGCCUAAUGCAAAAUGUGUCCAAUCCAAAGAGUGGGUCUUGGACACAUGAUGAAGACAGUGAUGAGGAGCUGGAAGUUAGCGAUCAAACCUUUUGCGGAGCUUGUGGUGCUCCAUACCAUGCCAAUGGAUUUUGGAUCGGCUGUGACUUCUGUGAUCGGUGGUUCCAUGGGAAGUGUGUGAAGAUAAAAGCCUCUGAAGCACAACACAUCUGUCAGUACAAGUGUCCUGACUGCAUGCAAAACGAGAUUGGAGAAUAGUAAACAAUAUGUGUGCACCUUUUGUGUU